UAAGGUGUUUCUACGCUUUCCAGUAAAAAUCACAGUGAUCUAGGCUAAUAGGGAGGAGGCAGAGUUUAAUCAAAAUUGAACUUUAAGAUAUAUUAGAGUGGAAAAUGUUUGUCUCUAAAAUGUUACAGAGGGGUGAUCCAUGAUGGCUAAGCAGUGGCAUAAUGCGUAUAAAUGGAUGCUCCAAACCAUUUUAAAGAUGCUCUUCUCAUUUCCAGAACCUCCUCAUUGUGUUCAUCUCAUUAACUUGCAUUCAAGACUAAAGCAUUUGUGCAAUUCCUAAAUUCCAAACUAAAGUAACUCCUGUCUAAAUUCCAAACUAAAGUAGUAGGAUCUUAAAGUAUUAUAUGUGACCUAAUCGUGCUGUUGGGCCUUAUAAAGGGCCACGACUUUCAAAUAUCCUUUAUAUGAAAGGAAACCCAUUGUUCUGAAUGUUUCAGUUCUUGACUGACAGAAAACACGAGGGAUAUUUACCUUUUGACUUCAACUCCGCUACCAGGAAAACCUUUCAAAACAACACUUAUUCUCUGGGGCACAUUUUAUUGGAGGAUUGGAGACACUACCACGUUUUUGCUAAACCUGUUUUUGUAUAAAGGGAGUACAACUGAAAAGCACGUAUGGUUUACAUACUUUCACGGCCGUUACUCAUUUCUUAAAACUAGGGUAAGGUCUCUACAGCCUAAUUACGAGUAACCUUACACAUUUCUUACCCCAUUCCACCUACUACUUUGUCCUUUCCUGUCUUAAGCACCUAUGCAAAUCUGAACUUUCCUUAAUUUUCUUUAGAAGCUUAAAGCAUAAGGAAGUGCUAAAACGUUUGCUCGUUCUCCCCCUGAAUUACCACCGUGUCACGCUCUCUAACCACUGGCCUUUAAAGGCCCCUGACACAACUACUUUAUCCCUCCUUAAACGUUUAGGAAGAGCAGGAGCUUACACGUAGUCAAUAGCGCCUAGAUGGGUCGACUACCUUAGAUACAUUUCCGAAAUGCGUACUGUCUGGGCGGCUCACGUCCCCAAGGUGGGCUUAACCCUGCGGCUAAGGGAUGCAGUCCUUUCUUGACACACGGCUUGCAAAAAGAAAAAUACUUUUUACAUAUAUUCAUUCACUGCUUUCCUCGCUAAACAGUCAGGUCGGAGACGGUCCAGGUGAUCACCCCAUCGGAUAAGCAAUCAGUACUCAUUUGUUUGUGGAAGGCGGUGCGGGGAGCCGGGGUGAGAAAGACCGGAAAGAAGCCUUGCGCAAGCGCACGAAGGCCUGCCCCAUUGGUCAGGUCAACUCGGAAGGUGGGUGGCUGGGGCAGUGCUCCCUCUGCGCACGCGCUGGCCGUCUAGCCGGCUGUUUUAGGUUUACGCGGUCGGGCGGAUCCGUUUGUAUAUGCGGGAUGCAGCCAUCAGUCUGAUGUUUUAAUCUUCAUUUUGCUGGGCAGAAAGCCAAAAUACCGGGCUGCCUGGUUCAGAGCCUGACGCCUAGCCAACCUACAGAUUGGAGCUUCAGAGCCAUGGCAACGAAGGAGUCAGACGUCCAAGCAGAGUCGGCCCUCACCUCAUCAGCCAAUCCCAGCAAACAAGAGUCUGAAAACCCGAACUAUGCUCUCAGAUGUACUCUGGUGGGACAUACGGAAGCAGUAUCAUCGGUUAAGUUUAGUCCUAGUGGAGAAUGGCUAGCAAGUUCUUCUGCUGAUAAAGUAAUUAUAAUUUGGGGAGCCUAUGAUGGAAAAUAUGAGAAAACACUUUAUGGUCACAAUCUGGAAAUAUCAGAUGUUGAUUGGUCAUCAGAUUCCACUUGUCUUGUUUCUGCCUCAGAUGAUAAAACUCUAAAGAUUUGGGAUGUGAGAUCUGGAAAGUGCUUGAAAACGCUUAAGGGACACAGUAAUUAUGUGUUUUGCUGUAAUUUCAAUCCACCAUCCAACCUCGUAAUUUCAGGAUCUUUUGAUGAGAGUGUGAAAAUAUGGGAGGUGAAAACAGGAAAGUGUCUCAAGACUUUGUCUGCUCAUUCUGACCCAGUUUCUGCUGUUCAUUUUAAUUGUAAUGGGUCCUUGAUAGUGUCUGGUAGCUACGAUGGUGUCUGUAGAAUCUGGGAUGCUGCUUCCGGUCAGUGUUUAAAAACACUUGUUGAUGAUCCUAACCCGCCUGUCUCUUUUGUAAAAUUUUCUCCAAAUGGUAAAUAUAUUCUCAUUGCAACUUUGGAUAAUACUCUUAAACUGUGGGAUUACAGUAGAGGUAGGUGCCUGAAGACAUACACUGGUCAUAAGAAUGAGAAAUACUGCAUAUUUGCCAAUUUUUCCGUUACUGGUGGAAAGUGGAUUGUGUCUGGUUCAGAGGAUAACCUGGUUUACAUUUGGAAUCUUCAGACUAAAAAGAUUGUACAGAAAUUACAAGGUCAUACAGAUGUUGUAAUCUCAACAGCUUGUCAUCCUACAGAAAACAUCAUUGCAUCAGCAGCAUUAGGAAAUGACAAAACAAUUAAACUGUGGAUAAGUAACUACUAAACUCUUUAGAAAGCAAGUAGUACAGCCAAAUUGGAUAAAAGAUACUUAAAAAGAUAGUUUCUUUUCAUUUUGGCAUGGUUUCAUAUUUCUUUUUACCUUUGCCUUGGGUUAUUAAGAUUUUAAGACCUAUAACCUAAAUUUACAAAACAAGACAGUUGGAAAAGCAAGUCUAGAACCUAGGGCUUCCGACUUUUAAUCUUGAAGUCUGUUAUUAAUCUCUUAUCUGUCCCUAGACAGAUUUCCAUUCUAUUCCUCUCUUUUUUAAAAGAUUUUAUUUUUAGAAGGGAAGGGAAAGGAAGGAGAAAGUGAGGGAAACAUCAAUAUGUGGGUGCCUCUUGCACGCCCCCUACUGGGGAGUUGGCCCCUAACCCAGGCACAAGCCCUGACUGGGAAUCAACCUGCAACCUUUUGGUUCGCAGGUUGGCGCUCCAUCCACUCAGCCACUCCAGCCGGGGCCCAUUCUAUUCCUCUCAAUUACUAUUGUAGAGGAUUGGUAUAAUGAUAUUUGAGAAAUAUUUAGAAGAUUCACAAGACAGAGUGAUUGAUUAAAUGAGGGGAGCAAAGGAGUUUGGAAUAAUUCCAAGGUUUUUGGUUUGGGAGACCAUAUGAGUAAGAGCAUAAGUCUGUGAAGAUGGUGGAUUGAAGAUGCAUGUCAGAUGCCACUCACACACUUAAGUGAUAAGCCUACAUGAUAGGACGUGAAGUGGUCCAUGGAAUCAAGCCAGCAGAUUAGGAAAAAACAAGUGGUUAGAUUCAUUCUAAAAGUCUAAAACAUUAUAAAUGUCAUUUUACUAAAGGACCCCUUGAUGCUUUGUCAGGUUGUGUGCUCAUGAUUUUCAAGCAAACUAAAUGUCUGAGUGGGAGGCUGCUCUUGCAUUGUGUGUCUGACCCACAGGCUCUCACCCAUGCUUCAAACUUAGUUCAGACAUCACCACUUUGUGAAGCCAUCACUGCCUGCCGGACUAACCACAGCUGACAGCUGAGUUAGGUUUUCCUGCUAUUUCUAUAGUUUCUGUUAGUAAAGUUAAAAUAUACCAUUUACCAGUUGUACUGUAAUAGUUUCAUGGGCCAUGUUUUCAGUAUAUUAUGUGCUCUGUGGAGUCAAUAAGUAUGUCAUAUUAUUCAUCUUUGUAUUCUCACUUUUUGUAUAUACAAUGGACUCAAGUAAUGUUUGACAAAUGACAGCAAAUUACACCACCAACACUUCAUUCUUCACCUGCUUUCACUAAAUUUUCAGAAUCAUUUCCCCAUACUAUUAUUUUUUUUGAUUAAAAUUAAAAGUGUCCGAGUAGAGCCUCACAUAUUAACUUUAUUCCAAUAGGGCUUUUAGAAGAUAGAAAAUGGUUUCUGCCCAGUAUUUACAGAGACAUGAUGAAAGAAAUCUAGAAAUUAAGCAAAAGAUAGUACAUCAAUUGAAAGGAUUAAGAGCAAACUUGUCUUCUUUUCUAUUCUAUAGUAUCUUAUACUAGUGCUCAUUAUAUCUGAUUUGCUUGACUAGUUCUGAGGCACAUAAGAUAUUAGAGUUACUAGUAGGGUAUGACUGCUAAGAAGUUAGUAUGUAAGGAUACUGGGAGAAAUGGGAUUAGAUGGGGGCAGGCCUAUCUAAUUCUGGCCAAGAAAUUUCUAUUUAACCCAUAAAGAGAUAGCCACUAUAAGUUACUGAAUACAAUGACACAAAAUGAGAAAUGAUUGUGCAAAUUCUUGCCGCACUGUAACAUCUAUGAGCUUUGGUUUAAUGAAAUAUUUUUAUAACAAGAUAAAACACUUUAAAAUGCUUCUUUAGAAGUUAAUGGUAAUUGUUCUAUGAAGAAAGAUUACUUAUUAUUUUUUAAAAGAUUUUAUUUAUUUAUUUUUAGAGAGGGAGAGAAACACCUGCCUCUUGCACGCCCCACACCGGGGACCUGGCCUGCAACCCAUGCAUGUGCCCUGAUGGAACCAAACCAGCGACCCACUGGUUUGCAGUCUGGCGCUCAAUCCACUGAGCCACACCAGUAGGGCAGACUACUUAUUUUUUUUUAAUUGUAUUAAGAUUUACUCAUAUUUAUAACAUUGGUUUAGGUAACAUAAGUGUUAACAUAAGAUAACAGUAACAUUAGGUAACAUAAGAUGUAACAUAAGUGUUCCAAAAUAAUUAUGAAAAAAUAAUCUGUAAAAAUGUAUGAGAAAUGAUGCUUUUCCAUAAUUUUCAAGUGAUAAAAAACAGAAUUUGGUAUCUAAAAAGUAGUUAUGGUUAAAUUAUCCUAAAAUAUAUAGACAGACAUCAUUAACAUCAGAUAAAUUAUGAAGCUAUAGGUAGACUAGUAUAUUAUAUUUUACUGAGUAUUUUAUUAAAUCAAGUUCCCAAACAGCAGCAUACACUGCUUUUUAAUCUGUUACAACCCUUGUAGGAGACCCAGCAGGUUGAUAUGGCUAUGAGGACCUCUUAUCCAUUUUUACUUGUGAGAAAAUAAAUGAAAUACUUAAAAUAGAAACCAGCACCCAUACCUAAAUAUGAGACAACUUGGCAUCCCAAAGGUACAAAUGCUGAUCUUUCAACACUAAUGAGAAAAUGCAUUUGAUAGGUUUUCAUAACUGAAUUUAGUGUAAAGGCAGCAGGAGAAGGACCAGGUGGGAAUUCGAAGCCAUGGAGCAGAAUAGGUGACCGUGCUGGCCCCAAGCAACGUCACAAAGCUGGGAUUUCAGAGUUCUCAGAAACUUAUGGCCAUAUCACUCUCCUCACCUUGCCAGGACACCUCUGUCUGCCAGCACACACCAAAAUGGCAAAGUAUGGUCUGAAUGCUUACCAGGGCUCUGACAAGAAGCUCCCUAAAUGCACUUGGGCAGUGUACUCAACUGGCCUGUCUUAUGUCUCCAGGAUGAAUACAAAGGAGAGAGAGAUGCAGAAAAAGAAGCCAUUUUAGCUUCUGGGGAGAAGUCACUUUGGC